GAGAGAGAGAAUUAAGAAGAGGAGGGCGGAGGAGGAGGAGAGAGAGAAAGAGAUGGCGUUAAAGGUACCGGCGGUUGCGUUCACGUUUGUGGUACACACGCUCGGGGUUGCGGCUUUGGCUUUGAUGUUGGUUUGGACCAUACAUUUCAGAGGAGGUUUCGCAUGGGAAGCUACCAACAAAAACCUUAUCUUCAACCUUCAUCCUUUUCUCAUGUUACUUGGCUUAAUUAUCUUGGGAGGUGAAGCCAUUGUUAGUCACAAAUCACUGCCUUUCAAUAAAGAGACGAAGAAAGUGAUACACUUGGUUCUUCAUGCCCUCGCAUUGGCUCUUGGGAUCAUUGGUAUUUAUCUUGUGUUCAAGAACCACAAUGAGAGUGGAAUUCCCAAUCUGUACAGUUUGCACUCCUGGAUUGGAAUUGGGGUGAUUGUUCUCUGUGGAAUUCAGUGGAUAUGUGGGUUCCUGACCUUCUUCUACCCCGGAGGAAGUCCGACACUGAGGAGUGAGUCUAUUCCAUGGCAUGUGGUAUUUGGAAUCAUUGUGUACUUACUGGCUGUUGGCAAUUCUUCAUUAGGGUUCUUAGAGAAGCUCACAUUCCUCGAGAACUCGGGACUCGAUAAGUUUGGGACCGAGGCCUUUCUUGUCAACUUCACUGCAAUCAUCACAGUACUUUUCGGAGUCUUCGUUAUACUCUCGGUAAUUUCUGAAGCUCCAGCUCCCGUUGAAGAUGACAACAGCUUUUCUUCUAUAUAUAAGGACUGAAGCAUUCAUGGCUGCAUGUGGUUUCUAUAAUUUUAUGUGUAGCUAUUUAUGCAUACAUAAUAAGAAAUGUGACCACUUUUUUAUCCAUAAUUAUUGGCAUGCCCCUCAAUUUAUUUUUUUCUUAUUUAAUUGGGCGAGGGUGUAAUUUAUGUAGAGAUAAAUGAACCCAAUAAUUAGUUUUAAUUUGUUGGCCGGAUUAUGAGCAUAAUACAGCACCAUUAUGUUGUGAUGUAAUACAGCACCAUUAUGUAAAACGCAUGUUGUGAAGUAAUACAGCACCAUUAUGUAA